AUGACGCCACUAACAGAACAACAGAUAACGCCACUAACAGAACAACAGAUGACGCCACUAACAGAACAACAGAUGACGCCAGUAACAGAACAACAUAUGACGCCAGUAACAGAACAACAGAUGACGCCAGUAACAGAACAACAGAUGAUGUCACUAACAGAACAACAGAUGACGCCAGUAACAGAACAACAGAUGACGCCAGUAACAGAACAACAGAUGACGCCAGUAACAGAACAACAGAUGACGCCACUAACAGAACCACAGAUGACGCCACUAACAGAACAACAGAUGACGCCACUAACAGAACAACAGAUGACGCCACUAACAGAACAACAGAUAACGCCACUAACAGAACAACAGAUGACGCCAGUAACAGAACAACAGAUGAUGUCACUAACAGAACAACAGAUGACGCCACUAACAGAACAACAGAUGACGCCACUAACAGAACAACAGAUGACGCCACUAACAGAACAACACUAG